AUGGAAGAUUCAGACCCGCGCUCUACCCGGAAACGACCUCGUCUUGACAGUGGGAACGAUUCACUUGAAUCCAUGGCGAUGUCCACCCACAGUCCCGUUGGCGGGGAUGACGAUCGGCCAAGUCAAUCCAACUCGAACCCUCCUGCUCCUCUUCCUCCCACCUCGCGCCCUUCCACGCCAGAGUUCCCGUCUCCUCACCGCCCGGCCAGCAGGGUGACAAUUAACAUGAAAUCUCCUGUCCUGUCUAACCCACAAGGCACGGUGUCUGACGAGCUCUCAAUAACCCCGAGCGCCGAAGCACAAGGUCACGAUCCUUCGUCUCCACAACGCCAUCCCUCUCCUGACGUACCAACACAGAAUAACAAGGCGAUCUCAAUAACUUCGUCCCCUUCACCGACUCCAAGCGUGAAAAUCGAAGUGGCCGAACUGGAGGAUAUAGAUCAGUCCCCAAGCACGUCGAACUGGAGAUCACUCGGGGACGCUCUCCAGGCACCUUCUAUGGUAGAAGAGGUGGUGCAAAUUCAGGAACAAUUUUCUCCUAUCGAAUCAUUUCCUCGUGUUCGACAGAGUUUUGACAAUCGAGAAGUAAUAGAUGACAUCCGGAACGUCAUUGAAAAGGGCCAUCUGCGCGCUACACCCUUUUUCGUAGCCGUCAAGCAGUGGUUCGAUCAAUGCGUCAACAACCUAGAUCAGAUAACUUACGAGACGUUUGUCGAAGAUCGUGAUUUCUGGGAGGAAAUUCCAGCCGUAGUGGAAGGUCUAGUGCGACGGGAGGCGGAACUUCUCCCUGAUGAAGGGGACGGCCCAUGGCAGUGUUUGCAUGGGUUCUGCGUCUCCUAUGCAGAACUCGCCCUCCACAUCGUACAGUUGGACAACAUACUCCUGCGAAGCUAUACACCGGAGCCCAACCGUCGCUUGGACUUGCUUUCGAGGACAUACUGGAACCCUCUAGGUUGGAUUCUUCAAGCCAAGCACAUUCCAUUUUACAAGACAAUGGAGAAUGAGUACGGUCUAGAGGUUGCAACCCUCCUGGCUCAAAUAAAUGAGUCUAUCUGUCGGCCAGAGAUGAACACACUUCAGGUCAUCGCCGAGUUUGCCAAGUUAAUAUUGGAGGUGCUUCCCCAUCAGCCAAUACAGGCACCCAAUUUUGCCAAUGCUCUAUCCGUCAUCCACAACAUUGUUGAAUCCGGAUGUGAAGCCAAAAAGUUCGCGGCGGAUGGAGCAUUGUUCAAGCCAUCGACAUUCGUGGAGAUCAUUAGCCAGGCUUACGAAUUCUUUCGUUCUAUUGAUGUCACGUACCAGGCACUUAUCUCCAAGAAAGCAGCAUGGGUUGCCGGUGACAUCAGUGACACCAUCCUUCGUGCAAUCAGCUGUACCUACUCUAACAUCUGUGCGUUUGACCACCAAUUAGGUAUUCAGAUCGGCCAGGAUCUUGAAAUUAUAUACCCCGAGGGCACCACACCUAGAGAUUUCGCCCAGAUUAUCCAUUUUGGCUGGAAGUUCAAGGUCCUCAAAAAGUACAUCACAGAUGGAAGGAUGGAGUUACGUGUCCUGGGGGUAGAUACAAUGCAACAAGAUCUUGUCAACGUCUGGAAAACCAAUAUCAAUGGCAAUCCAGCGGGAGUUGAUUAUCCAAUUACAAGGUAUCUUGUGAAUUUUAUCAAGGACAAUAAAAUAGUCGACUACAUUGUCGGGGUUGAUUCACAUCCUCAGUUGAUUUCUCGAAGCGGGAAUAUUGUGGGAUUUCUUCUUGUUACCGGCACGUACACGGACCAAGACACCGACAUCAUUUGGAAAACAGUAACCGAGAGCCAUGAUCCACGCACUGUUUCUGAGGUUCUGUCGAUGUUAACUCGUACAUUUAGCAUGCAUUCCCAGGGCUCUUCCUCUCUCCUUUAUUUAUGCACGAAACUGAUCGAAUUACCCUUGAACCGAUUUGACGCAAGAAUGAUAGAUUAUUGCGAGCAACUCUUGAGCACCUUUAGAAUGAGGUAUGGGGAUAGGGGGAGGAACACUCCCGACUACACGCCUGUAGAUGUUGUGCCCCUACGACUGUGCGUCCGUUUGAUUCGAGAGAUUACUUCUGUUCAGGAAAUUUCCCCGGAACAAAAGUCUCACCUUCAAAGAUUCGCCAGUCGGCAUCUCUUUCUUCUGAUCGAACACGGAAUUAACGAUCGUGACAAGAUGGAGCUAUUUGAACAGUGCAUUCAGGAUAUUUCUGAGAUGAAUGAAUUCACUGUCGGAAGCAUAAACGCUCUAGUUGCUUUGAUUUCGCCAUUUGAUACCCAGGACAUUCGUCGGCUAGCAUUAGAAUUUGAUUUUACCAGCUUGAUUAUUGAAGAGCUUGCCCAUGCUCUUAAUUCUGAUCCUUCGAGUUUCAGUGAACCGGAAUUGAGCCCUGAUUUGACCCCUCGAAUUCAACUCCUUCAGCGAAUUGUGGAGAAAGUGCCAGAAACCGUCAGUGCAGAUUUAGCUGAUAAGUUGUGGGAUAGCCUUUUCUCUUCAAAAAAAAUCGGCGAUCAAAAUCGAAGCUUCGCCUGGGACAUAUUGUCGAGGUGUGCAUCCCGCUGUGGGAAAAAGAAUCCGUUCCUGGAACGAUGCAUGAAUGAAUAUCUUCCCCGCAUUUUGCCAGACGACUUCACUGCGGAUAUUCUCUCCUUUGCAGAACAAGCCGUCAGUUACGACAUUCGAUUUCACGAGGGCCCAGUCCUUGAAACGCACGAAGUCAUAGCUGUGCCUGGGAUGGAUCGUAUUUGGCAUAUCAUUCUCACCGCACCAUCGGUUGAUAUUGGAAUUAGAGCUAUCAAUUUUGCUAUCGAGAUUUACCUCGACCAUCCGCUAAUACGCAAAGCCCCAAGAUCGGCAGCGGAGGUGACACACGUGUCCCUGGUUGAUCGCUGUGUUGAUCAGCUUAGAGAAGCUGCUAACAAGCUCAAGACUUUCACCGACGGACCUGCUAGUGGAGAAGAUGAGGCUAUGGUGAUUGUUCCGUCCUCAGAUGAGUCGCGGAUGGAGGAGCUGAAGUUCAGUCGUUCUCUACUCUUCUUAAAGCAGCUGCUCCACGGCUUACGGACCAGGCCCCAGUAUACUCCCCCCCAAAGCAGUCCACCAAUAUUACCGCUGAGGAAUGAGGAGAUGAAAGGAGAAAUAAUUCAAAUUUCAUAUCAGGCAUUCAAUGGAAACUCGCAAACGCAGAUCCGUACUCUUCGCACCGGAGAUCUUGCAACCUUGUCCGAAUUAUCGCAGCGCAUCGCUCGUCUAACUGGAUUCUCGAAGUUUACUUUGAUUACUGGCGGACGAUUCCUUGAUCUAGUAGGAAACGGUAAUCGCACUUUGCGUGACCUGAAACUUCCAUCGACGGGACUGCUUAUUGUUAGGAAAAAUUUCGAUGCACUUGAAGGCUCGUUUGGCGGCAGGAGGCAAUCUCUGACUCUGGUUGACUCAGAAGUGCUGAAACAUUUCAACGAUCUCUAUGAGUUCUUGAACCUGGAUGAAAGAUUGUCGAAAGAAAUAUUUGACUUUUUGAUUCUUUUCCCGCCGCAGCAACGAGUUCGAGAGUUCGUGCGGUCCGCGGACACUCCGGAAUCUGAGAUGUUUCCUCUAGACAGGCCGUACAAACUUCUCUACUCUAUCAGCUCCCUGAUGGUAUGCGUCAGGGAAGAAGCAUUGGAAGCCAAUCCUGACCAAGAAUUCAUUAGCCGCACUAUCAAAAAUUUGGCUACCUUUUUGCUCCACCCUGAGAUGUCCGAAUCUUUGGAUAGCAGCCUAGUGAAGCUGACAUUCGCUUCAAAAUCAACCGCCGACAACUCCGAACCCUUUUUUGAUGACCCUUCGGGACUGGUUACCUGCCUUCUGAAAUUUGUGUUUCUCGGGAAAACCAGUUCUCAGCUCCCACUCGCCGAAUUUCCACUUCAAAAAUUGAUAUCAAAUUCAUUUGCUGCCCUAUUAGAAGCUUCAAUGCAUGAUAAAAGAGUUUGGGAAAUAUUCAAACAGAAUACCGACAUGGAUGAUAUCGUGUUGACUCUCCUGCUACGUGAUCCCAGACCUGCUGUUCGCCAAGACAUUGCAGGGAUCAUUUUUGCCCUAUGCGGCAUGUCACCGCAGCAAAAGCAGUCAUCAAAAGCUUCUCCGAAGGAACUAGGACUCUCUGAAAAGCUAGAAACAACCACCGGGAUUGAUAUUGUAGGGACUCUGUGGAAAUCUCUCACUUCGUUGAUUCCCCGGAGUAUCGAAUUUCCUCGGACUGCUCAGCAAUUCUUUGAGGUCGCUUUGGUUGUUUUUCAGACGGUAGGAAGCUUGUCACCCGAGGACUUAGUUUUCGGUGAUUAUCUGAAGCAGUGGGGAAAUGUUCUUCUUUGCCAUCGAAGUCAUGAGUUUGUUGGGCGGGAACCCAUGGACUGCAUUGUUUUAGGAUUUGCACACCUCUUGAAAAAGUGCAUGGAGCUUUCGCAGCCAAAGAGCAUCAUAGUAGACACCAGAGAUCUCAUGGACCAGCUCUUCGCGACCUAUUUAUUUCCUGAUUUGUCAGAGCAAAUCGAUACCGAGGUCAUUGAGCCAGCUAUACCAGUGAUGCACACGGAAACUCGCCAGGAGAUUUACAAUGUAUUACUUUUGCUUUGCGAAGACGAAACGAACUGUGAGCAGAUGCUCGAGAUUUUGGAAGAUGUAAUCCCACGAGAUUAUACCUAUGAUCCGAGUUGGGUCUUCGAUCGUUAUAAAACAAUCCGAUCGCCCGAAGGAUAUGCCGGGUUGAGGAAUUUAUCCAACACUUGUUACCUCAACUCCCUAUUUACCCAACUGUUCAUGAAUAUCGACUUCCGCAAAUUCAUGCUGCAGGUUCCAGCGGAGGAGACAGAUCCAAACCAGAGACUUUUAGUAGAAACGAAAAGGCUAUUCGCGUACAUGCAAAACACAUGGCAGAAAAGUGUAGACACGCUUCCUACGGUAGAAGCUAUUCGGACUUUCGAAAAUGAAAUGAUCGAUAUAACUAUUCAAAUGGACGUCGACGAGUUCUAUAACCUUUUAUUUGACAGAUGGGAAGGCCAGAUCCAGUCAACGGAAGACAAGAAAGCAUUUCGCUCUUUCUAUGGUGGUCAACUAGUCCAGCAGAUCAAAUCAAAGGAAUGUGAACACAUCUCGGAACGAGUGGAGCCGUUUUCUGCAAUUCAGUGCGACAUCAAGGGGAAAAGUGGCUUGGAAGAUAGUCUGCGGGCUUAUGUGGAAGGAGAAAUGAUGCAAGGAGAUAACAAGUACUCAUGCACAUCAUGUAACCGACACGUUGAUGCUGUUAAAAGGGCGUGUUUGAAAGAUAUUCCGGACAAUCUAAUCUUUCACCUGAAGAGGUUUGAUUUCGAUGUCAGCUCUAUGAUGAGAAGCAAAAUCAAUGACGAGUUUCAUUUUCCGGAACGCAUUGAUAUGGCCCCGUUCAAGGUUGAACAUCUUAGCAAUGCGGAUGCACCUGUGGAAGCCGAUAUUUUCGAGCUCGUUGGGGUUUUAGUUCAUAGUGGUACAGCAGAGUCUGGCCACUAUUAUUCCUACAUCAAGGAACGCCCAAGCCGCAAUUUUGGCUCGUGGGUGGAGUUCAAUGAUGCCGACGUCAGCAGAUUUGAUCCUUCCAAAAUCCCAGACCUGUGCUUUGGAGGCAUAAAUGAUCCCUAUCACGGACCGAACUUAGGCUCAGUUCGCUUUAAUAAAGUUUGGAACGCGUACAUGCUUUUCUACCAACGCGUAUCCAGCAUGGAGGUUGCCCAGUCCGAGUACAAGCUGUCUUUGACUGACACCCCAGUUACUGUACCUCUCCCUCUGGAGCUUGGCAAUCAUAUCGCCAUGGAGAACGAAUUAUUCCUUCGGGCCUACUGUCUUCUAGAUCCUAAUCAUACUCGCUUCAUACUUGGCCUUGUCCAGCUGUGCAGGAAGGCUGUCCUUUCAGGGGGCGCGAAAAAUUCGAAACUCCAAAAGGCGGCAGUGUACGUUGCUCUAGACGCAUUGGAUCAGCUUGUGUCGAGAACAAAGGAGGCACCAGCCUUGGAACAGCUGUUCGCAGAACUCGACCUAGCCACCGAGGAAAAUCCCUAUGCCGCGUUCUGGGUUCUUGAAUGGACGGCGAAUCGCCGGUUUGGAAUUCGAAACCUCCUUCUAAAGUGCCCAAAUACCGUCACUCGUGCCGGAUUUUCUGCGUUGCUAGUAUCCUCCCUGGCUCGUCUGAAGGAUCGGUUAGCUGACCCAACUCUGGAACCAGUCAGGGCGACGCGCUACUCUCAGGAAUACACAAUCUUACUCGAAAAUAUUCUAACAAACCUUCAUCAUCUGUGGAGUGGAAUCCACCUGUAUUACCGAGCGUGGGAUGACUACUUUGAAUUCAUCUUGAGCAUUGCCAAGUUUGGUGAAUUUGAGGUUGAAGUAAUUCUGGACCAUGGAUUCAUGCUAAAGUGCCUGGAGAUAAUCUGGCUGGACAAAGAGGAUAGUAAGAAACUGAAAUGCCACUAUUCAAACUACUUUCGGCUGAUCGAAAAAGGGCGAAAAUUUUCACUGUUCAAGCUCAUGGAGUUGCUCUAUUUCCUUUUCAAUUAUAUUGACUGGAGCCUUCCUCCAUCAGCUGAGAUGCAACAACGGACAAACCAAAACGGAAAAUUUUCUAUGUCAGUAGAAGAAGCUGACUUGAUCUGUCCUCUUGGGCGGCACAAAGAAUUGGCUAUUGUGAGGAAAAUUAUUGAGCAGCAGGCGAACCCAGCCGUGACCAGGCAGAUUCUCAGGCUUCUUGUCGAGUUGCCUUCUCCCAAUGUGCUCCUGGACAGCGUCUACAAGGCUAUAGAGGAAGGGCUAGCGUCUGAACCUUCAGCGCUCAUCGUGCCAUUCCUUGAAGCAACACUGGUGUUCUGUGAAUUUGCGCCAGAUGCCGAAAGAAUUCUAGGGCUUGUGGAUUUCGCUAUUAAAAGCGUCGAGACUCUUGAUGAUGCUGGUGCGGAAUUUAUCGGGUUCUUACGAGGACUUCUAGAAAUACAAAAUAAUAAGAUCGGACAGGAUGACGCCUGGUUCUGGUGUCUUGUGCUUGAACGCACUCCAGAAUGGGGUCCUUGCCUUCUCCUAUUUGAGGAUCAGACGGUUCGAACUGGUGUAUACGAGUUCCUGCAACAACUCAUAUUUUCAAAGGAAGACGAAGAGUUGCCAGAACCACAUCGUCAGUAUUACCAGAAAAUUGGUAGAGGACUUGCACAAGCUUGUCUUGAGAAGUUACAGGCUUUGUAUCUUGGAGGAGUAUCGUCUCCACUGACUAUCAAUGCUCGAUUGCUCGAAGCUAUCACUCUUGUGGUCAAUCAUUGCACGGAAACGUACUUCGAUGAGAACGAGAACGAGGAAGACUUGGAAUUUCUUCAGCAGGCAUCGAGCAUCCUCGCAUCAGUUGGACAGAUGACAGUGGAUGUACCCGAAGAGUUUAUAUCUGAUGCGUGGGAGGAUAAUUCAAUGAUGGGAAGCGACUCUGACAUUGGAUUUGCCGGCUCACCAUGAACACAAAUUGGCAUUGGCAUUCCUUUUCUCUCUUCGAUUCAUUACAGCGCAAGAACGUGGGAUUUCCUGACAAAACGGACACCGGCGUUUAUAUGCAAGGAUUCGCUCAUAGACAUUUUACUGGAGCAGAAUAGAAAGCUUCAAAGGAGAACCGGGUUUUAUAUGGACAAAAAGUUGGCAAUGGAUUUAUUACAGGAUGAUGAUUAUUCUUUGAUGCGGGAGUCCAUUUUCGUCUACAGAUCCUACGAUGACACGAAGGGAGCGCAAUGAAAGCAUUUGCACGGCGUUUUUUUGUUUCCUAUUCUCCGAAGAAAGAUAUUUCAAUUGAAGAUUUCCUGCCUCGGAAUUUUCUGGACCUUGGGGCGCCUUUUACUUACAGAAAUAGCGUUCUCUCCGGGAAAUCAAUUGAAAACGACUGUGCACUUGACAUUUCAGAGUUGUUUCAUGACUAUUAGCUAUCAAUUUCUUCACCUUUGCUUUCUUCUUUGCCCUUGAGUUUGGGAGGGUGAGGCCUGGUCAUUUAACGUUGUUCCUCCACCUCUGUUGUGUUUUUCCUGUUGGAGAGAUCAACAUGCUGUGUCCAUUUGUUUGUGGUUGGGACAGCACUCUUUCAUACUCACUUUGCAGGCAGGUGUAUGUGGGCGUCGAAGUCGACUCUCCCAGCAAUCAAUCAGCCACGCAAAGAUUCAUUAUGUUCCCAUUUUGUUCCCCCUUUUCCUUUCAUUUUUCGGCCAGGACGUUAGGCGGAGAGUUGCGACAUGUUAUCAUACAUGUUGAUGUUAAUAUGGUGUGCAUGUAUGUACAAAUAGUACAGUUCUUGACAG